GCCGCUCAUGCCACCGUAAAAGUAAAAUAGUCAACACUGUCAAUCUGUCAUCAUACUAGAAAAUAUUUUUUUGCGUUUCUCCCAUGAAAGGUUUCCUGAAAGUGUUAAAGAAAUAUAGCGUCGUCGUCAUAUUUCCCACAUUCACGGCGUCAACAAUUUACGCCGACUGGUCGCAUACAAAACAGUGGAAAGCUUCCAAGAUUCAACAACAUACAAACGUCGAACUCGUCCAGUAACCAAUCAUCUCACCAUGGUUCUCAGUUCGCUAGGCGUAAA